AUGGCGGCGGCGCUCAUGGACGGCGAGCUCGGGAGCCUCUUGAAGGUCUCGGCUGCGGUUUGGGCGGCCAUGGCGUACGCCCGCGUGGCCGCCGCGCGCACUAGCCCAGGCGCGGGCCGCCUCGCCGCGCUUCUGCCCACCGUCGUGCUCUUCUACGGGAUCCCCUUCGCCUUCAGCACCAGCACGUUCCGCGGCAGCUCCGGCUUCUUCCUCAGUUGGCUAGGCACCUUCAAGCUCUUCCUCCUCGCCAUCGGACGGGGCCCUCUGGACCCGUCCCUUUCCCUCCUCCAGUUUGUCUGCUCUGCCUCCCUGCCGGUCAAGCUUCGGCAGUCCACCGGCGGCGGCAAAUCAAAGAAGCAAGAUCCCGCUUCGGCCCCCGCCAGAAAGAUCCUCGUGGCCGGCGCCGUCAUCCCCUUCAUCAUCUACGCGUACCAGUUCAAGGAGGCGAUGAGCCGGUGGCAGCUCCUCCUCCUGUACACCGUGCACAUCUACCUCUCCCUGGAGCUCCUCCUGGCGUCGGUCCACGCCGUGAUCCACGGCGUGCUGCGGAUGGAGAUGGAGCCGCAGGUGGACCGGCCGUACCUGGCGUCGUCGCUGCGGGACUUCUGGGGCAGGCGGUGGAACCUGAUGGUGCCCGCCAUCCUCCGCCCGUCGGUGUACGGCCCGGUGCGCGCGCGCUUCGGCGACGCGGCGGGCGUCCUGGCGUCGUUCCUCGUCUCCGGGCUCAUGCACGAGCUGAUGUUCUACUACAUCAUGUGGCAGCCGCCCAGCGGCGACGUGACCGCGUUCUUCGUGCUCCACGGCGUGUGCACCGGGGCGGAGGCAUGGUGGGGGCGGCACGCCGGGUGGUGGCGCCCGCCGCGGGUGCUGGCGGUGCCGCUCACGCUGGCGUUCGUGGGCGGGACGGGACUGUGGCUCUUCUUCCCGGCCAUGAUUAGAGGCGGCCUAGACGCGCUCGUGCUGCACGAGUGCCAGGGCAUGGUGGUGCUCAUGGAGCAGGCCGGCCGGUGGCUCGCCGCCGGCCCCGUUCUUUCAAGCCGCUGA